AUGGGGGUUUUUCCAGCCCUGCUGCUGUUGCUGGCACUACCAGGAUCGUGCAUGGCAGGAGAGGACACGCAAGUGUUUCUGCAUACGGAGGGAGAGUCCUCCAGAGCAAACUGCUCAUAUGAUGUGCACAAGAAUUUACAGGAGAAGAAAUUUUCGUGCAAGGAGCUGUCAGAUAAACCUUGUCCAGUCUUAGCCUUGAGUUCCCCUUCAGAAGAAAGGAUUCAGCUUAACCGUGCCCUGAUAGACUUUGGACGUGGCUGGUUUUCUGCGAUCAGGACUUUGAAGAGAGGAUUCUCGUGGGGUGGUCUGAAGAAUGUCCUGCUGCAAAGAAUACAGCCAGUGGUUUCACCUGAGGAACUUGUGAGGCUACUUGCAAAAAAAAAAAAAAAAAAAAAAAGCAGCUCCCUGUCCCUCCAUCGCUCCUAUUCUGUGACGGAAAUCGGGAAACUUCAGGAUUUUAUUUGGUGCAAAACGGUGUCCCGAAUUAGAUGUCAAGCUAUUAUCAGAGAUAACUCUGAUCAAAGUAUCGUUAAAGCAGAAGGGACUGAAAUGAUGAAUGACUUCUCAUGGAAAAUGAUUAGAGUGUGGCCGAAAAAGCUCUGACUUAAUGACUCAGGAGAAUAUCAUCCUGAGAGCCAUUUCCAGGGGAGAAACAAACUACUCAAUAGGAUCAUGUUGGAAGUUUUGGACAAAAAAAUCUCCUCCCAAAUUAACCUAGUCACCUCCGGUGGUGUGAACGGCAAUGGAGGCAUCAUGCUUCCCUGCAGGACUCUCUAUGGUCUCAUGGUGCUGAGUGCCUUCCUGCCUACAGCUGCUCUGAUUGCUACCGUUAUACCCCUCGUCACCGCUUACAUCAGAAGGAAAAGGGCAGGAAAAGGGAUGGACUUUGGCAGACACCCUGCUCUGAGCCAAGCAGCGCUGCAGAAGGACGGAAGAAACAAAGCAAGUAGAAUGUCAGAUGGGGAACUGAAUGAUAUAUAUGCAAUAUGUGCUGUCAUAAGGCACCAACCUCAGACGAAGCCUGAAGAUGUUAUAUACAGCAACCUAAUGAUAUUCGUGCGGGUUUUCAACCUCUACCAGCACCAGUGA